GAAUUCACGAACAUAAUUGAGACGUUUUUGUUAAAAUAAAGUUUCACACUUAUUGGUUUUUAUGCAAAAUAAAAAGUGGUCUUUAUUGUGAAGGAAAUUCGAUUCAAUUUGAGCAUGAUGUCAUUUUGCUGAGUUGGCUUUCGAAUGGCGACUAGCGCCGUCAGUCUGCCGUAACGUGGCGGCGCUGCGCUCGUGUGUGCCUGCCGCAGGAGUGGCCGACGAACUGUCAUUGUUCAUGUAGUUUUCUGUGAUAAGAAUUACUGUGAAAUUAUAGUUAAGCGAACUUAAUUUAAUAAUAAAAUAACCAUGUCUACGUCGGGCGAAUUCGGUAACCCCUUGCGCAAGUUUAAACUCGUAUUUCUCGGUGAACAAAGUGUGGGAAAGACGUCGCUGAUCACUAGAUUCAUGUACGAUAGUUUUGACAACACUUAUCAGGCAACAAUUGGAAUAGACUUUCUCUCGAAGACAAUGUAUCUGGAGGACCGCACGGUGCGGCUGCAGCUGUGGGACACGGCCGGCCAGGAGCGGUUCCGCUCCCUCAUACCUUCCUACAUCCGGGACUCCACAGUGGCGGUUGUUGUGUACGAUAUUACCAAUGCAAACUCAUUCCACCAGACGUCGAAGUGGAUAGACGAUGUGCGCACGGAGCGUGGCUCUGACGUCAUCAUAAUGCUGGUGGGCAACAAGACGGAUCUGUCGGACAAGCGGCAGGUGUCCACCGAGGACGGCGACCGCAAGGCCAAGGAGCUCAACGUCAUGUUCAUAGAGACCAGUGCCAAGGCUGGAUAUAAUGUUAAACAGCUAUUCCGGCGAGUAGCAGCGGCCCUGCCUGGCAUGGACUCAGCAGAAAGCAAGCCUCCUGAAGACACUGUGGACUUGCAGACUCAGUCGCCCAUGGGAUCGGAGCAGGAGGGCAACGAGAGUGGCUGCGUGUGCUGAACCCCUCCCCCUGCCCCUACCUCCAGCCACUCCCCCACCCCCCGCACCGCUUCACGGAGCCACACGUAUUGGAAGAAUCUACUCGCGACCUGCAAGUUCAUGGAUAUUUUCUAUUCAAGCUGUGGACCUGCAGACUCAGUUGCCCAUGGGAUUAGAGCAGGAGGGCAACGAGAGCGGCGUGUGCUGAACCCCUCCCCUUCCCCCUACCACCACCCACUCCCCCACUCCCAUCCCCCUGCGACCGCGGAGGCAAGCAUAGAAGAAUCGAAUCACCCCUAAUAUGCAAGUUCAAGAAUAUUUUCUAUUCAAGUUGUGGGCCUGCAGACUCAGUCACUCAUGGGAUUCGAGCAGGAGGGCAUUGAGAGCGGCUGCGUGUGCUGAACCCCUUCCCCUCCCCCUGUCACCAGCUACUCCCCCACCCCUUGCGAUCACAAGGCCACAUAUAGAAGAAUCGACUUUCACCCAUAUUAAGCAAGUUCAUGGAUUUUUCUAUUUAAACUGUGGUUCGUAUAAAAGUUCUUCCAAUGUCUUUAACUUCUGUGGACUUGCAGACUCAGCGACCAUGGGCUCAGAGGCCAGAGCAGAAGGACAAGGAAAAUGGCUGCGUGUGCUAAAUCCCUCCCUGUUACCAGUCACACCCUUUCCUCGUCCCCUGUCUCCUCUCCCCCUUGCAUCAAGAGAAACCGAAUUGCCCCUAAAAUAUGCAAUUUCAUUAACAUUUUCUACUUUGGUAUCUUAGACUAGAGAUAAAAGAUAGACGGAGCCUUUGCGAACAUAUUUAUUUAAAGUACGUAAACCCGCUCUGCCCAGCAGGAGCAAAAGCGCAGCAGGAAUGCGUGAAACGAAUCACGUCAGUUUUUGCUAAGCCUCAAGCGAACUUGCAGUUAUGAUUUCCGGGCCGACUCCUGAGAUUAUAUGUGUGUGCGAAACAACUGACAUCUAUAGAUAUGCCAUCUAUAAACCAAAUUUCAGACAGGCAGCUAACUCUUCCUCACGCAACAUUGCCUGUAAAUUGCUAGGCUAGUUGAAGCGACCUAAUGUAGCUAUUUACUGGUUGGACCGACAAAGCGCCAUCAAAAUACAAUCGGCUUUUACGGUACGGCAAUUAGGUAGCCGUCUAUCUUUUUCUCUAGUCUAAUUUUAGAACAUAAUCUAAGUUAAACGUGCUGUAUUUCGCAAGACACUUGCGUAUAAGGUUUAAUUUUUAAAUUAUUUCGGUUAAAGUGAAAUGAUUACAUCAAUAUAAAGCGGCCUAGGAUGAAGCUGGGUAGAAUAUUUCGGAGUUAGCGAAGCGACAGUGGUUGUAGCGAGAACAUUAACUAAGGCUGAGAUACAGAGCGUACCUAUUUUGAGUUUGCUCAGACCUUAGCUUACCUAAGUUAAAACGAGACAUUUAUGUCAGUGAUAUAACGGUGUCUCGUUUUAACAGUGUCUUAAGUCCGAGCCAAUUCAAAGUGCGUUCUAUGAUCUCAAGACUGAUAUCUGUCUAGAGGGACUUUAAUUAAGACACUGUUAGAAGACGAUAAUAAAUCUGUCUCGUUUAAACUAUCUGAGCAAAAUCAAAGUAUGCUAAGUAUAGAGCCACCAUGGCCACACAACUCUGUUUUGUUCUAAGAUUGAGGUCUACUGAGAGCCUCAGCCUGACAGAACUUUUUACUUCCAGUAAACGAUAAAUAAUGUCACUCUACCCGCCUCUUGUCGGGUCCGCUCCGUUUCAGUGAACACAUUCACCGCUCACAGCUCUCCUUCGCUUCUGUGAAAACGCACCCUAAUGUAGCAUACACUUUUAUGGGUUGGGGAAACGAGAAAAGGUCUUAUAAUAUCUAAAAAACGAUUACAAACUGCGAAGAGCAUUAAGUAUUUAUUGUAAUUUCGUUUUUUUUUUUUAAAUUCUAAAUCGAUACUAUCGAUUUUGUACCAGUGUGCUUAGUGUGAGAUUUUACGUCUCGCAAACCUUGACAGAAUUCGAACGUCGCCGUCGAAUCACUUCAGUCUAUACAUCUAUAACCAGCGCUCCAAGCGGAAAGUGGAACUGAAUGAGGAAUGUUACUUGUUAGGUUGAUUUUACUAAGGUGUUAUUGUGUUUCGACGCUCGAAUUCUAUCCACGUUGGUGAUUUGUAAAAUCUCAUAUAGGUAAUGCAUAAUUAUGAGAGAUUAUUCGUCAUAUUUGCUCUAUGUGUCAACUGUCAUAUCAAAAGUACAGUUUACCCCGUUUAUCCCAAAGGAUG